AGGAGGAGUUGGCCACAAAGAGGAAGAUAGUUGCUCCAACAAGCAUGGCUGGAAACAAGGCAGCGCCGUCACUUACCAGUUCACUAUCCAAACUGCAGUCCCUGAAUGGACUGUUUGCUAUCUAUAAGAAGCCAGGACCGACCUCUGCAGAUGUCUUGAAUAACCUCAAAGAAGUUUUGCUGACGGAAGCUGGCGUGAAGAACGCAAACCCGAGGAAGAGGAAGAAACAGAGUCUUAAAAUGGGACACGGAGGAACACUCGACAGCGCUGCCAGUGGAGUGUUGGUUGUUGGUGUUGGAAAUGGCACAAAAAUGCUCAGCGCAAUGUUGACCGGUUCCAAGAAAUAUACUGCUGUAGGGGAGCUGGGAAAAGCAACGGACACUCUUGAUGCUACUGGCAGUGUUACUACAGAGAAAGACUUUAAACAUGUUACCAGGUUGGACAUGGAGGAGAAACUUCACGGUUUUGUUGGCGAUAUCAUGCAAGUCCCACCACUAUACUCUGCUUUGAAAAAAGAUGGUCAGCGGAUGUCGGUGCUUUUGAAGAAAGGUCACAAUGUAGAGGCGAAACCAGCAAGAUCUGUCACGGUGUACAAGUUGACGCUCCAAGAGUUCAAGCCCCCUCUCUUCACUCUGAAUAUUGAAUGUGGAGGUGGAUUUUAUGUCAGAAGCUUGGUGGACGACCUGGGAAAAGCUCUCUCUUCCUGUGCUCAUGUCAAGGAGCUUAUCCGCACCAAACAAGGUCAGUUCACCUUGGAAGAUCAUGCCUUACAGGAGGAGCACUGGACACUCGAGCAUAUCCUUAAAUCAUUGCACCUGUGUCCGGACGAGGUGGCAGCAGCAGAGGGUAGCACCUGAGAGACCCAAGUUAAGAUUUACAUUUGUAAACUAAUUUAAAUGUAGGUUACGCUAUAGUAAUUAUGAUUGGUUUUCAAGUAGGAUAGUAACAGGAUAGAUUUUUUUUUUUUUAAUUGUCAGGUGUCAGUAGGUGUUUGCAGAAUGAAAUAGCAAAUCAUGUUUAUUUUUGUAUUUAGUUGAGUCAUUAUAUGGAAAAAUCUUAGCUUUCUUUGCUGAUAACUUAAUUUUUCUUACAUUUUGUAAGUAAUAGAAGGACUCCUUCCACUAUUCAUUUCAUUGUGGUUUGUUUGAUUCAGUGUCUAAUUGUUAUUUUAUUUACUACGUUUGUUUGGUUUUUUUACUGCAAGAUAGCACAUGACUCUAUACUGGCACUGCUGAACAAGAAAACAUUUGUAGUUUUUUGAGUAAUGGGUCACAAAAUUGGGGAUGCGUAUCAUUUCCGAUGAAUUCUGAUGCUCUUUUUCAUUAAAACUUUUCAUUUUAAUGCAACAUUUUUGUUGUAAUAUUUAUUGAUAAUCUUAAAGUCAUGGGUGGCCAAAGUGUUCCUCACAGCAUUUAUUUUUAUUGGCCUUAGGAACAUUCUAAAAAUGUACUGUAUGUAACUUUAAAUGUUAUAAUUAUGAAAUACAAUUACUUUUAUACACAAGUGGGAAAUACAGUAUUUUAUCUUAGUUGUUCAGUAGAAAUUGAAGACAUUUUCCCACAUUGUUACAUUAAAUAUUAUAUACAGCAGUAACAUUCCCAGAAGCAUAUAUAAAAAUAGUUUUUCACCCACAGAAUCGUGGAAGUUUUACGUUACCUAUUUUGUAUUGAUUCUAUACUGUGACAAGACGCACCUCACCUGUCAUGAAAAGUAAAAACAAUUGUGUCCAA